AAGAGCUCUCUUGUCACCUCAAAGGCAAGUCAAGAAUCAGUGCCAGCAUUGUUGAGCACCUCAUUAAGACCAGCCACCUUCCCGGUUUUUCAGGAAGUCUGCUUCCUGGGGAUUGAUUGGGUUGUGAUUCAUCACUCCUGCACUCAUUCCCUUUGCCUGACUGGGCCCAAAAUCUGCUCAGGCUGCAGCAAGUGUUUGUUGAGCUUGAGGAGGAGAACGAUGCAGCAGAGAUUGCCCAGGAGCUUCAGGGCAUUGAUGAUGACCGCAUACUGGACUUGA